AAGCAAUAGCAAGUUUUCGUUUCACGGAUAGUUGGGUUGGGUUUUUAGAUUAUAUGAUUUUAUGUGUACUGAAAAAUGUUUAGUUUUCUGCUGUAAUGGAAUGCAAAAUUUCAAAGAAGUGUUGAACGUGUUUUAAAAUUCAAAGUGCGGUGCUACUGUCGGUCUAGCAGAGUAAACUUUAUUGUAACAUUUGUGGAACAUAUUACCAAAACAGGAUUGAGCAAGUGAUAUGAUGGAGCUAAAACUGCACGCUUUUGGGCUAGUGAUUCCAUGGUUACUGCUCUGUCGGAUCGGUCAACUCACGGCUGCCGAACUGGAAACGUUCGAUUAUUGCAUCAAAGUGAAUCCUUCGGUCGGUUUACUCCAAUGUGCCGGCCAACAAGCACUAGCUUCAUUGCAGUUUCUCGAAGAAGCUAGCAACCUAACACUCGCGAACGGAUUGUUAAUGAUUAAGGACGAAACGAACCCGUCAGCACGGAUAUUGCCGAACUUUAUAGAUCACGACCCGUUGGAUUUUCGAGGAAUCCUGGAGAAUGCCGGUGCUCUGAUAUCGCAGCGACAGCUCCAAUGGGAUAUGGGCAUCAUCUACCCCGGACUAAAGCUGAAAAUCGGACCCACACUCGGAGCGAGUGGCGUGUUGGAGUUCGUGAUGGACCCGGCGGCACACAACGACGAACGGUCGUACUUUGAGGAAAAAUCAACCGCUCGCAUCUUGACGCGUAACUUCAUCGUUCCGUUCCUGCUCGGUCUCAAGUUCAACCUGGCAACGCUGCUUCCACUAGUGUUUGGCGGUUUGAUACUGUUGAGCAAAAAAGCUUUGAUACUUGGCAAAAUUGCUCUGUUCGUUUCGGGCUUGUUCGGAUAUGGCAGCGUGCUUUCACCCGGAAUCGGUUAUGGUUUCAUUCCGCCAGGUAUAGGAAGCUACGGGGGAUUCCCGGCAAGACCUUACCGGUACAGCGACGCACUAAGCGACAAACCCGACUGGACAAGCAGCCAGCAUCAUCAUCACAAUCACCAUCAGAAUCAUCCUAGUGACAAUCUGUAUCAUCAGGAUAGCCACAUUCAAAGUGAUGACAGUAGCAGCGGAGGGUAUUAUAGGAAGAAAGAUAAGUUUUUGAACCUCGACGAACGAUUGGAGCCGCAGGUUUCCAGUUUGGUGGAUAAAUUUUACGAAUUUGAGAAACAGCAAAUGCUGAAAGAUCGAACGACGCGACUUUUCGAGAGGAAGUUCUACGAAGCCGACCGGGACAAGAGAGGUGACCCUGGAACGGACGUUACUAGUGACAGCGCGACCAAAGAAGGCGAUGGUUACACGUUUGUAACGGCAGCGGUUGAUAAUAGUGAACGAAAUGGACGAUCUCUUCCGACUGACAGUGGGUACAGAAAUUUCGCUUGGAGUGGAGAAUAGUCACUAAUUUUUAGGUUAACCACAAGCGACACUAAAUAUUAAUUACCGAAUGUUAUCAAUAACCAUAAGAUACAAGUAAGUUUUGGCAUGUUGUAAA